AAAGCACACACAUGUGGAAUCGAAGCAGAGGUGAAAGAAAAAAAAAAAGCAGAGACAUCUUCUCGAAGGCCUGAGCACCAAUGGCACGGUAUCUUCUCCGUCCUCCCACCGCCGCCGCCGCCGCCGCUGCCGCCGCCUCUUCACACCGCAGGAAUGGCACAACCUCGCCGCGGGGACCGGUUCUUGGCCUCCGGGCGCUUGCCUCCAGGGCCGGCAAAGCUCGCCCCGUGAUGGCGGUGGCGUCGGAGCAGCCCGCCGCGAGGGGCAAGUGCCCCAAGGUGGCCGCCCCCACCACCGGCCCGAUUCCGGCCGCGGAGCUCCUCGGCGUCAUCCAGGACGCAGCCAGGGCCGGAGCCGAGGUUAUAAUGGAAGCUGUUAAUAAGCCACGCAAUAUUCACUACAAGGGAGUUGCAGACCUGGUCACAGACACAGACAAAUUGAGUGAGUCGGUCAUUCUGGAAGUUGUGAGGAAGACCUUCCCAGACCACCUCAUACUUGGGGAGGAAGGUGGACUUAUUGGAGAUGCCUUGUCGGAGUAUCUCUGGUGCAUUGAUCCUUUAGAUGGAACAACAAACUUUGCGCAUGGUUACCCUAGCUUUUCUGUAUCCAUUGGAGUUCUGUUUCGCGGAAAGCCUGCUGCUUCCACUGUGGUCGAAUUUUGUGGUGGUCCUAUGUGCUGGAGCACUCGUACGGUUUCAGCAUCAUCUGGUGGUGGUGCUUAUUGUAAUGGGCAAAAGAUUCAUGUCAGUAAGACAGACAAGGUGGAACAAUCACUUCUGGUAACUGGUUUUGGUUAUGAACAUGAUGAUGCAUGGGUGACCAACAUAAAUUUGUUCAAGGAAUACACAGACAUUAGCAGGGGAGUACGAAGACUAGGUUCUGCUGCUGCUGACAUGUCCCACGUUGCCCUAGGCAUUACAGAAGCCUACUGGGAAUACCGACUUAAGCCUUGGGAUAUGGCUGCUGGUGUUCUGAUAGUUGAAGAAGCUGGUGGGAUGGUGUCACGCAUGGAUGGUGGGGAGUUUACCGUCUUUGAUCGUUCUGUCCUUGUUUCCAAUGGUGUUGUACAUGAUCAGCUUUUGGAUCGGAUUGGCCCUGCCACAGAAGAUCUUAAGAAGAAAGGAAUUGAUUUCUCCUUGUGGUUUAAACCCGACAAAUACCCUACCGACUUUUAAGUUGAACUCCUCACCCAGAGCUAUUUUAUACUACUAGAAGAAAAGAGAAAAACAGAGGAUCUUAUGUUAAAAUGCCAUGUACUUGACUGAAUAUUUGUUUAUUGAAGUCCUUUGACUCAGCCAUCGACUUUUGUUGGUUGUAUGAUUUAUUUAUGGAGAGAAUUACCCAAA